UUAUUAAUUUCAUAAUAGGAACAAAUGCCCCCUGAGACCAUUUACCCACCACACCUGGGUUUUUGUUGUCCAUGUGCAUGCUAACAACCACACCAUUUGCAUGUCAGCAGACAUAUUUAAGAUGCAGUCUUGGGGGGAUCAUUGCCAAUGCUGGACUGAGAUGAAACAGCAAAGAUCUGAAGUUCUGCACCAGAACCAUGAACAACUCCUCAAUCUGCUGCGCUUUUGACGCGCCCAUAUUGGAUCAAGUUUUACCACCUAUUCUCUUCACAGAGUUCAUUUUCGGCCUUUUGGGAAACAUCCUCGCCCUCUCUAUGUUCUUCUAUCACAGGGACACCUGGAAGCCCAACUCGGUUUAUCUAGCCCACCUGGCUGUGGCAGAUUCGGUGGUCCUUUUUUGCCUUCCUUUCAGGGCCGACUACUACCUCAGGGGCAAGGACUGGGUGUACGGAGACGCUUUCUGUCGUAUUUUGCUGUUUCUCUUGGCCGCCAACAGGGCUGCUGGCAUAUUCUUCCUCACUGCCGUCGCCGUAGACCGUUACUUGAAGAUCGUCCACCCACUCAACAGCAUCAAUCGGAUGGGUCUGCGGUACGCCUCGUGGGUUUCUUUUGGUCUGUGGACUCUUAUCGUAGCCAUGACCGUCUACCUCUUAACGGACAAACAUUUCUAUUUCCGAAACAACCGCACCCAGUGUGAGAGUUUCAAUAUCUGUUUGGGGCAUAAUUCGCUGUCUGACUGGCACAAUUCUUUCUACGUUAUUCAGUUCUUUGUGCCCACGUGCAUUGUUAUCUAUUGCACAACUUGCAUUACGUGGCAGUUGAAGAAAAAGACAGUGGACAAACGUGGUAAAAUCAAGAGGGCCGUCCAGUUUGUCUUAGCAGUGGCUUUGGUUUUCAUCGUAUGUUUCUUUCCAAGUAACGUCUCGCGUAUUGCUGUGUGGGUCCUAAAGUCUUGGUAUAGUGAGUGCCAUUAUUUCCGUGAUGCAAACGUGGCUUUUUACACCACCGUCUGCUUUACUUACUUUAACAGCGUGCUCAACCCCAUCGUUUAUUACUUUUCCAGCCCUGCUUUUAGUGGAGCAAUCAAUAAACUCUUUAUGAAACUUCUAGGGGAAAAAAAACAAGGACGAGGAGAAGAACAAUAGCUGUGCUACAAUAUCAACUAAUGUCUCUUAGACAAGU